GUCAGGCGAGCUGCCGCGCGGGUGCCGUGCCUUAAAGUGACAUGAGCUGGCGCGGGCUCUCCAAUGGCCGACAUGGCGACGGCAGCGGCUGAAUGCUGCCAUCGGUACACGGAUGAUCUGCACAAAACUCAAAACUCCACAUCAGCCACAGAUGGACUCUCUUCAGAGUCAUUUAUAGAAUAUCCAAAGCACAAGCCAUUUAUUAAUUCGGAUUUGCAGCGUUCCCCGUGGAAACCAGUUAUUUCGUAUCCUGAGAGCAACAGCAGAGCAAUAUUUUCUGCUCUGAAGAAUCUCCAGGAAAAAAUUCAUCAACUGGAGUUGGAACGGUUUCAGGCGGAGGAGAAUGUAAAACACCUCAGCAGGGAAACGGCAGACUAUAAAAAAGUACUGAGUGAACAAAUGCAGCGCAAAGAACGUGACAAGACUGAAGUGUCAAAGAAAAAUCAAGAACUGUCUUGUCAGCUGGCAAAUGCUGAGUCUCGAUGCAGGCUUCUAGAGAAACAGCUGGGCUACAUGAAAAAAAUGAUCCGGCAUGCAGAAAGUGAGAAGUCACAUCUCUUGGAGAAACAGGGCUCCUUGGAGAAAGAUCGGUUUCUUGACCAAUCACAUGUUCAGUCUAAAUUGGAGAAGCUGGAUAUACUGGAAAAGGAGUAUAGCAGACUAAACAGAAUGCAGUCCAUAGCAGAGGAAAAAAUGAAAGAGCUGGAACAGAAGCUUCAUGAGGAAGAACAUGCAAGGAAGCUUGUUCAGGAAAAAGCAGCUGAGCUUCAGACAGGCCUGGAAACCAACAGACUACUGAUUCAAGCAGCAUCACCACUGCUUUCUCCAAAAGCAAGACAACCCAGGAAAAAAGCAAAGCAACCAGAGAAGAAACGCUCUCUUGUAAGACAUCCCACUGUGCAGCCCCAUUACCGACUGUGUCUGGGUGAUGUACCCUUUGUGGCUGGGAAGUCUACCAGUCCCAGUCAUUCGGUUGGUGCCAAUGUGCAACACGUGCUACACCUGAUGAAACACCACACGAAAGCUUUGUGUAACAAACAUGUGGUAAACGACACUCCACUAGCAAAACCCACCAGUACUAGUCGUCCUGCCAGCAAAAGCAGAAGGCCAUCCCUGCCAAUGGACUCCUCCUCGUCUCAGGAAGAGCUCUCAGAAGUGUUGCUCACUUUACAAGAUGAAUUUGGACAGAUGAGUUUUGAUCACCAGCAGCUGUCAAAGCUCAUUGAGGAAGCCCCAACUGUUGCGGUGAGGGAAGACCUUGAGAGGGAACUUGAGGCACUGGUGGGAAGGAUGGAGGCAAAGGCAGAUCAGAUCGGCAAAGUUCAGAAGCAUCGUUUCAAGCUAGAGAGACUUAAGAGAGAAUGCAAGUCCAGAAACACUUCUGCUAAACAAAUAAAAGACAGCAGGUUCCCUGUCAGUGAGGUUAAAGUAACCACUACAAUAACCACAAAAGGAAAAAAUGCAGGUCCCAUCAAAGUGAAGCCUGGAGAGAAGAGUCGGAAAAAUCUUCAGUUGCUGAGAGACAUGCAGACCAUACAGACUUCACUACAGAAAGAUGAUAUCAGCUGGGACUACUGACACUUGUGUUGUUGAGCCAUGCUGGCCAAACUUACAUCUGGAUCUAAAGCAGCUGCCUUUCCUGCUGUGUGGAAGAGACUACUGUACACUAAGCGCACUUUUGAAAUACAGGCUUACAGGCUCUUAUUUUUCCAUCCCUGAAUUUGAUUGUACAUAUUAUGGUCUAGCCUAAAUCACAUUCCAUUUUCAAGGUACACUGCCAGUGAAUCUUAACAAUAGGGCUCCCCCAGUUCCCUAUGUUAAGGUUCCAGCAGUCCCUCUGUGUUGUUCUAGCACACCAAGCACUGCACGUUUCCGUGGGUUGGUGUGUGUCAGAUGUGCCAGUGCCAUUUCAUGCUGUGGAUCUGGGAGGCCUCUCGGGAUGCAUCUGGUGUGAAAACAGUGCUGCAGCCCUGGCUGUUGAGGGCUGUUGUCAGUUCUGUUCUGUGUACAGCUGCAAUGACUCCAUCUCUGGGAGCGUCUGAGGGAGAACAGGUAAACCCCUUCAAAGGUGUUCUGUGGGGCUCUCUUCAAAAGGCAUUCCUGGUUCUUGUUCUUGCAUUUGUCAGCAACAGCGGCAGUAGAUGUUUGAGUACUCUGAAAAGGGGCAAAGUAACUUAUGAAUUACAUUGUUUAAUGAUCAGGUGAAAUUUUUAUACAGCAGUCCUGCUUUAGCAAAAAGCUGUAGGAUAGAGGGUAAUACCCUGUCUCUAGCUGACAGCUUUGGGUGUUAAAGGAGUGAGAGAAACCAAACCACAAGUGUUUUAAACUGCAAGUGCCUCAAUCGUGCCAUUUGGUCCUGGCAUCUUGCUUUUAACUUGAAGUAUGUGCUUUGAUGAGCUAUCAGCUUUGUUAGUAGUGCAAUUAAUUUUGUGCUCUGACUUGCACAGCUGAUUAAAUGUUAUUUAUUAUGUUAAUAAUUUAAAGAAUUUCC